GGACUUGGGACAGACGCAUGUGUCACUGACAGUACUGGAGAACAUCCUCGCGAAGUCUCUUGAAUUGGAAAGACUGAUCUUACCGAGCAUUAUGUUCUGCUGCCUCUGCCAGUUUAAAAAUGAUAUUGAGGAGGUCUGCAAGACAGUCAAGCUGCACUGUGACAGCACAUGUCGGGCCAAUGCCAAGCAGUGUCGUGAGUCUCGAUAGCCUAAUGACGUUUUCUAUUCUAUUUGCUUUUUAAUUUUUACAUGGUGAUAGGAUUAUAAACUAUUCAUACAACUGGUUUAUAUAUAUUUAUGCUUCAAAGUGAAUGUCAUUAACUUUCUGGACUGCUCCCCUACAGAUAGUCAGGUUCUAAGUACCGCAUGAUGCAGUAACAUAACUGCUCCAUAUACAAGGGACCCAGAGGAAGGGCUGGAAGGGAGGGGACACCAUGCUUGGCUGCGCACCAUGCACAGGGCUGUCUGGUGCUUUGCUUUCUGGAGAAACCUUAAUUCACAAUGCGCAGUGCACCCUGUAAGCUGGUUUUAUAUAUAUUAGGUCUCUAUUUCUUCAACCUUGGGGCAGGUGUACAUCAGUUUUAUCUUUUUUUCAAAACUCUGUCAGGCCAUGCUAUUGUAUUUGGAACCUGAGAGCUUUUGAUUCCAUAACUAAAAGUGCUUGUCUCUUCUAAGGGGUUGUUCUGUGCCCAGAUGGUCCAAACCUGAGCUUUUUGUGAGUUUCAGAUGACUCAGGUGCAUUUAAGGAUUUUUCUGUAGGUCAGGUUUAUUAGCUCUCACUUCAUGCUUGCCACAUGUGAGUGCUUUCACAUCCAGAGAGCUUGCAUACAGAGACAAAUAAUAAAUAAUAGUACUUGGCUUCUUAUGCAAAAGAACUUUCCUGGAUUUUCAAACAAAUUCUUACCAAUUAACACUAUUCAUUUUACCCUCUAAGGUGAGAAAAACAAGAAUUUCUUGCCUCCUUUUACAGUUGAAAACAAGAUCAGAGGUGUCAAGUGCUAGAGCCUCAUGCCCAGCCCUCCAUUCCCAAUUCUGGGCUCUCCGGAACCCAUGUUCCUCUGUGGUCAUGAUCCUUACCCCCUCCUCUGGCCCUCACCACCACCAGUCACUUAAUUCUUUCAGAAGAGAAACACAGUUACACAUUGAGCCCUUGACUUUCAUACUCUCAGGAGCUUUAGAUGCUUAGAAACAUUAGAACAGAAACAAAAAUAGGGAAAGCAUCUGAUAUGAUAUAGGGGCAAGUUCUCUUAUACAUUUAGGACCUUAAGUCAUGUUUAUACAGAAACUGCUGUUAUUCUGUAGAUUUGCUGUUCACUAUUCCACAGAGGCAGGCAUACAACUAGGCAAAUUAAAAAUCUCUUAUCCUACACCCUGGAUCCCUGCUCUGAUAUAAGGAAGACCCGAGCAGUAUAGUAUUUGGCUCUGUGUGGAAAAACCUUUUGUUAUGGGACUGGACAGUGGCGGUGAACUUACCACAAAUGCAUGGUUGUAGUUUUCUCUUAAGACAAAAGACGUUUAUAAGGAGUUGUUUUUUCUAAACUAAACCCCAGUAUUCAGGUUUCAUUGCAGGGUUGGCACUUUGCCGUGAGUACUUGUUUUGGGGUGUGGUUUGGCACUUGAUUUCUCUAGAAGUUGCCAUCACUACAACUAUUUCUAAGAUGACAAUAUGUAAUCUAUUAACUAGUAAUUUCUUACUGUUUUUUUUUUGAAAUUCUGUAUUACUUGUACCCUUUUACUGUUUUCUUUUUUUUUCUCUCUCUCUCUCUUUAAAUAAAAAAAUUUUUUUAAAAGUUUGCCAUCACUGUGCUAGGAGAUAUGGAAGCAGGGACCAAGUGAAGGCACUAGGCAAACCAGUGGAGCAGACACAUCCAGACAAAGACCUGUUAGCAGGAGGAGUGGGGCUUUUACACAUCCGCCUUUCUGUCCUAAGAGGACUGUCCUUCAUCGUGGUCAUCUGACGGUAGUGAGGUGACAGCUGACCAGGUGGGGUGAGGAAGACCUGUGCUGCCUCUGCUUCUACACUGUGACAUUAUGGUGUUUUGGGUCCUGCGUGGGUAUGCACAGAAGGUCUGCAGAGAAGCCUGCUGAGUGGGCAAGUACUCGUCAGGAUGUGGCCUUUUAGUGAGUACCAAUCAUUUGGCUAAGUUAAGUUGCUGUAUUCCACACAAUGGAGUGUUCUCAGAAGGUAGUUAGCAAGAGAGGUCAUUUUCUUUCUGUUGCGUUUUUUGUAACUUUUUAGAUUUGGAUUUCUUGUGGUCCAUUCCACAUGGCACUAAAAUAAUUACUGACCUCUACCUUCUUUGACUAGUGUGUACAGCUGUGGGCCAGGAAAAAGCUGGGUGUGUAUCAUUCUCCACUGAGAGCAAUGUCUUUUUUUCUGACAGGGAGAGGCACAUCCUUAGGGAACCCUGAAGGAAUCUUCAUGAAAGUGUUACAAGCCCGGGAAAUGAGCACCAGCACACAGCUAACUAUCCAAUCUGAAAAAUUCUCUUCACAGAAAAGUGUGAACAACCAAGAGGGCUUUAUGAAAGAGCAGCUAGAUAUGAACGAUGAAAGUGACAUCAUCAAUGCACUAAGUUACAUACUGCAUUUCUUCUCCAAGGGAAAUCGGGAAGACUUAGAGGCAACAAUAUUACCAUUCAUUCAGCUGCUUUUUUCAAAGGUACAUGAGGGUGCUAAUCCCUUAGGCAACAUGAAAAACAAUGUGAGAAAGUCUUUUCAAUCUGUGGUCAACAAUGCACGUUUCACAAAUAAACUGAAGAAGCUGAACUUUCCUCAAAAAUUGCUUAAUGAUGAUAUACAGGAAAAAACUAAUGAUGUGAAAAAGAAAAAGAAAAUUGCCAUGCCUGUGCAGUUGAGCCUUUUUGAUCCCAAAUUCAGAGGCCAAAUCUUUCCAAAAAAAUCGGAAAAUGCUGAAGCACCAGAAAACAUCCUGGCAGCAGUUGGGCAUGGAAGGAAAAGACUUCAGAGAGUAAAGAGAGAACUUGAGGGGAACACAAGAAAAGCUGUUUCUUCUUCAGAAAAUGGCAUUUUUAUUUUAGAGCAUGCAAACUCUAUAGUUAAAACCAUGGUGGGCACCAAGCCAAUAUUACAUUCUGCAAAAGUUCAACGCGUUCACAAAAUACACUCACGCAUGGCCCACAGAACACAGGAGACCAAGCUGAGUGAAAAGAUGACAAAGGAAAGCACAUGCAGUACACUACUGCUUGCAAAGAAGCCUCCAUUCCCAGCAGUGAAGAGUCUCGCCAGCCUCCCUUCAAAACAGGUGCUCUUAUCUUCAAGAGAACUGGGUAUUCAGGAGAAUCCCGUCUCAGAAUUAUAUGUGCCUUUAGUAGAAACCACCGCUGUAGAAAACCCUGCUACAGAACAUGGUUUUCAAGGAGAGGAUUUUGUAGUAAAACUUAGUGUGCCAAAUAAAACUAUGUCUAAAAAACCAACUCAGAAGGAUCCUCUGGCCAUAGACUCUGCUGCUACUCCAUCCGACCUCACACCAGCUGUGAGGCAGGCCAGGGAGGCACAAUGGCAACACCCCAACACAGGGACUGACUCACCCCACAGGGACUUCACCUCCACACUGCUGUCGGCCCCACGUGAUCCAUUUGAAAUCUACCUAAACCAGCAACUGUGGCCCCUCAUCCCCAACAAUGACAUCAGAAGGCUGAUUUCUCAGGUCAUCUGGAGCUUAAAAAUGGACUGCUCUGAGGCUCAUAUGCAGCAAGCCUGUGCCAAGCUCAUCUCUAAGACGGGCCUCCUGAUGAAACUGCUCAGUGAGCAGCAAAAAGUCCAGGUGUCCAAGGCCCCGCGGGACCCAGAGGAUCAGAAAAGUGAGGACAACACCAGAGAGAACACUGCAGAGGAGAGUGACGAGAAGGACCAGAAGUCAAGAGAGCUUACAAAAGUUCAAGAACUUGGCUAUUACCAACUGACCUUGCCAUUAUCUUUGAUGGGAGGAAUGAUGACUUUGAUGGUACUCUUCUACCUAAUUAAGGUGCGCUGUCACAGAAGACCUUUACAGGAAGUUGAAAAGUCCUCAAGGGGCUUUUCUCCACAUUGGCAUGGAAGCUGCAAAGCAGAACAAGUGAAGGAGGUAAACUUGAGAAGCGCUUGGUGCUGGGGUGGAAGAGGCAGGGGAAAGCAGAGGUCAACAGAGGCAGGGCCCACAGAGUCGACCACUGAAGAUGAAGACACCGGGAAGCUGGAAGAAGUCGUCAUUCACUAAGCCCUUCCUGCUUCAGGAGGGAUUGUAAAUAGCUUUGCAUAUUAAAGUACAUAACACUUUAUAAAAACUUUUAGCUAUAUGAUGAGAAAUUCAAUUGCAAGUAGUUAAGUAUGUGUGAGCACAGAACAAGAGCAGAGGCAAAAAACAGUUGGGAUAAAGCUUGGAUACUUUGUGGCUGUCAUGCUUCCAGGAGAGGCAGCGUGGUGGCCUCUCAUCCUCAUCACCCAACACAGUCAGCCUCUGCAACCAAAAGCACAUCCUCCACAAGCUGGGUGGAUUCUCAGUCAAAUCGCUAUUGUUCUCAUGUACUCUCUUCUGCUUUUGGAGAACCAGUUACACAGUGGUGUAGGGGAGCACACCUACACCUCUAACCCCAGCACUCUGGAAAGGGGAAGCAAGAGGAUCACAAAUUUGAGCCCAACCUGGGCAAAUUAGUGACUCAGCAAGACCCUGUCUCAUAAUCAAAAAUAAAAGAAGGCUGGAAUGCGGCUUAUCAUAAAGGGCUUAGCUGAAUCCCCACUUACACAAAAAAGAAUGAGCCAAUCUAUUCCCUGCCUACCUGGCCUCUUGCCAGCAGGAGAUUGUCCACCUGCUGGAACUUCUCCCAGAAUGCUGGGGUCAUCAGAAUAUUUGGAUUACUGAGCCUACUGGCCUCAGCGGUCAAGUCCUUGUAUUUCCAUCCAAGUCUUGAAACUCAUGUAGGAAUGUGUAUCCCAUCUUGGUAGCAGUUCUCCAUCCUCACAAGCUAAUAGAAAAUUCCCAUUGGUUUCUUUGUAUGUUUGCUUUGUUUAAAUCCCAGUCCUUGGCCAACUAGCACAGAGGUGUGGAGGGAUAACAUAAAAAAAAGAAUGCAUGAGAUCAGUCAUUUACAGCCUUGGGCACUGAUUUCAGCUAUAGGUUGGGCCACUUAUCCUUUUACCCAUGGACUACCCCAGCCCUCCUGACCCACCAAGGGCCAUGUGUGUGCUGCUUGGUUUCUUCCAGCAGCUCUAUCCAGAUUUGCACCUAUGCUCUUUCGGCCCGAUCCAAUGCCAAUCUGCCUGAGUCCAAGUGAUAAUUUGCAGAUGAAGCAAGAGUUCCUCCACUUUAUCUCCGAAGACACAAUUAAUAAAGGAUGUUUAGUCCAUCAGUGGGAGGUCAGGACAUUGGUGAGUAAAAGAAGAUCUCAGUGUACAAGAACUGAGAAUCCACCUACUGACUGCAAAAGCAUCCUGGUACCCUUUCAUAGAGAGAAACAGUGCCAGAGGCUGCUGGAGUGACGAGCCUGGCAGACACACAGGUGGCCAGUGUUGCUGCAAUCCCACCCUCACCUGGCUGCCUACAAGGCCAGAAGAACUGGAGAGUCCUUUUAAGACUGAGAUUGGAAAUGCACACUCUAACUUCUACUUCAUUCCAUAACCAAAGCAAACCACAAGGCAAGCCCCGAGCUGGGAAUUGAGAAAGGACCUUCUACCCUCCAUGACACCACAGACACCAGCAGGGGUGAAAUUAGGUGGAGUAAUUCUGUCUCAGGAUGUGAUGAGUCCUGGCUUAGACUUUGUUCAGCCUGGCCCACCCCCCGAGAGGUCACUUGAGAAUGCAGCAGGUGCCUAGUGCUUAGAAAUCCAACCAUGCUUCUCACUAGGUCAGGAGCCCUAACAAGGCAAGGAUCAAUUUCCUUCCUCUCCACAUGGCCCACUCCGUGUCCCCCAGUUCCUAGCACCAAGCCCUGCCCUUGGGCAUGACUCAGGAAUAUGAGUGACUGUGUGAAUUCAGACUGCUCCUUCCAUGGGACUCCACAUGUCACCAUACACUUAUUGACCAAAGGCCAGCAGAGGGUGCUAGCUAUUUGCCCCCACUCUGUGAAGAGCCUGUACAAUUGAGAUCUAUCCAGCAUCAAAUCUGUACUGCUGUCCACACAGCCCUUCAACAAGGUCUCAACGCCAAAACAAAUUAAUGAAACUCCUUUGCUCAUGGGCCAUUUAAGACUGAAAAUUUUCCUUUCCUGAAGUUAUAAGAGGAAGGCUGUUUAAGGGCACUGAUUGGAUCACUGGGGAUGGUGGUAUACAUCUGGCAUCCUAGCACUUGGGAGGCUGAGGCAGCAGGAUUCUGAAUUUGAGUUCAGCUUAAUGAAAACUUGUUGAAAAAUAAAGUGAAAAGAGGCUGGGAUAUGACUCACUGCAAUGGCCCUGGGUUGAAGCCCCUAUACUGCCAAAAACAUCAUAAAGCACAAGUCUCUCAGGGGUCCACAAGGCUUAAGGACAACUUUUAAGACAGAGAUUCACAAUGCAAACUAUCACUGGGCAGGUGUGGUGACACACACCUGAAAUCUUAGCACAUGAGAGGCUAAGGCAGGCCAGCCUGGGCUACGUAACAAGUUCAAGGCUGCCCUAGACUAGGCAGUGAGAACCUGUCUCAAAAAGGCUUAAUCCUAACCCUAACUGCCAUGGUAGCCUUCCCUAUAGACAUUAAUUUUUAAAGAAGAAGCAUAGAGAACUGUAAUUAAUACUAAAGAAGGGAACUGUCACCAGGACAGGGAUCAAGGUGGCAAGUGUGUUUUCGGGCCAUGAUUUAUGGUCAGUUGUUUCCCCUGGUCAUUAAAAGGGGACACAUGCCAAACAGUCUCAGGCCCAGGCUGACAAAAGUGACACUGUAGGGAAUCCACGGUGGCUAUGAGGCAUCUUAGGUAUAGUUUGUCACAAAUUAUUAAAAACUGAUGGCCCA